CCUGGUAUGGGCCAGUCACCCCUUCGCCGAGAGGCCCCGAAAGUGAAGACACCAACCGGCCCAUAGGAGACGUAUAUAAGGGCUUCCUCUCGUGUCUCGUCCACAGUACAUCUGCAACAGCCAUCAUGUUCGUGCUCCUCGCCUGCCUGUUCGCCGUCGCCGCCGCCGCUCCCCAGCUGGAGCAGGAACCCAUCGGCAUCUUGCUUGACGAACGAACAGACUCCGGUGAUGGCAACUUCGCUUAUAACUUCGAGACCGAGAAUGGCAUCGUGAUGGAAGUGUCCGGCACCCCCGGGGCUGAGGGCGCAACCAACAUGCAGGGUGUCUACAGGUUCCCCCUCCCUGACGGCUCCAUCGCUGAGGUCCGCUUCUUCGCUGAUGAGGGAGGUUACCGCGCCGAGUCCCCGCUCAUCCCCACCCCCCACCCUCUCCCCGCCCACGCCCAGGAGCAGAUCCGCAUCGCCGAAGAGCAGCGCGCCCAGGGCAUUACCUUUGACAACCAAGGCAGGAGACUGAACCGCUAAACCUAGGGACGCCGCUUCAUGGAAUCCGCUAAAUUUUCGACACGUCUUCGUUAUAUACCAACACUAAGUAGUUCUUCCCUACUUCGACGCAUCAUCUGGCCUUCUCAUUCUAUAAUUAUUUCUACAUUUGCGAUUUUAUAAUAAACCGAUAAAAAACACGGCGCGGAGGUCACACUCGAUGGCGUCCGGCUGAGAAAAAAUAUAUCGUUUAAUAUCGCCGUCGUAAUGGAAAACGAUCUUCCAUAACUCUCGAAAAAUAAAUGAAUCAAUAUGAA